AUCACUUUUGUAUACCAAACAUCUACACUAUGUCUUAUUAUGAUGUAGUCUACAUGUUUUCAGAAGCCAGCGUCCCCGAAGGCUCGGGAAGCAGCGAGUGCACUGUUGAAAGUGGAGAUUCGCCAUUACCUUCCACACAUGACGAUGAUGAAAAUGACGAACCUUGUCAGAGAAGAAUUACAGUAGACAGAUGGCACAGUUUUAAUAGAAAGUCAUACCCACCUUGCUCGCGGCAUUUGGGCACACAAAUAAACGGUUUCAGUGCAGGUCAAAUGCUCCAUUUGCGAAAAAGAGCCCUUCUAAGACUAACAGCACUUAUGGAGCGUUACUGUCCAACUAAUCGUAGUGGAUGGAAUUGGGAACUGCCAAAGUUUAUGAGAAAAAUUAAAACGCCUGAUUAUCGUGAUAGACAAGUUUUUGGCGUGCCUCUCUUGGUGAUCACCCAGCGGACAGGACAGCCACUUCCUCCCGGUAUUCAAGCUGCACUCCAGUAUCUCAGAGCAACCAGUUUAGAUCAAGUUGGUAUAUUCAGAAAACCUGGAGUUCGUUCUCGAAUUCAAAAACUAAGAGAGUUUCAUGAAUCAGGGGAAGACAUCCAGUAUUCAGCAUUUGGUACAUGUGACAUCGCUGAUAUGGUCAAGACAUACUUCAGGGAAUUACCUGAAGUUCUGCUUACAAACAAGCUUUCAGAAAUGUUUAUUGCAAUCUUCCAGUACUUACCUGCUAAACAUGUCUUGGGGCCCCUGCAAUGUGCAGUUUUAUUAUUGCCAGAUGAGAACAGGGAAGUGCUCCAUGGCUUUCUAACCUUCCUAGAGAUGUUGCAGCUAAACUCACAUCUCAAUCAGAUGCAUGCCAGCAACUUGGCUGUGUGUCUAGCACCAUCACUAUUCCACUUAAACGUUGGUGGGUCUGGGUCAAGCCCACUGCGACGUAGGGCAGCAGGGACUCCUGAACAACGAGAUCUUCAUGAAAAUAAAGCAGCUCACCAGUGCCUCACCCUUAUGAUACAACAGGUCAGCCAAAUUCAGUGUGUGCCCAUAGAGAUGUUGUCAAAAUGCCGAUUUACAUAUUUGGAGCAGAGCCAACCAGUGUGCCUUGAGGAUCUAGUUGAUGGGUCCCCAGGUGCAAGUACCAUGGAAGGAGACUGGGCUUCCCAUAUGAAUGCUUGCAUUACAUCUCUACUUAAGGAAGCAAGAGACAAAACUCGAGGAUGGAUACACAUGAAUUGUGCUGAUUCACACGUAGAGAUACUUUACCGCAAAGUGGGAGAUGGUCACCCACUACGCUUGUGGCGAGCAACCACAGAAGUAGAAGCUCCACCAGCAGAACUGCUGAAUCGUGUUAUUAGAGAAAGGCACUUAUGGGAUGAUUCUCUGUUGAAAUGGAGAGUAGUUUGUCGUUUAGAUCGCCAGGCUGAAGUUUUCCAGUAUAUGUGCAACUCUAUGCCUCCACGACCCCCAGUAGACUACUGUGUCCUAAGAUGUUGGAGGAGUGACUUGGCACGAGGAAGUUGUGUGGUUGUGGAAACCUCUGUAGAACAUACUGAUGCUCCCGUUCUAGUUGGUGGUGUUCGGGGAAUAGUCUUGGCUUCCCGGUACCUAAUUCAGCCUUGUGGUUCUGGAAAAUCAAGAAUUACACACAUAUCAAGACUGGAUAUGAGGUAGGAUUUCUUAGCAUUC